AAGGCUAAAAGUAGCGAUCUGGUGUUUGAAGAUAUUGACGAUGACCUAGAUCAAGAACUUGGUCACUUAACCUUAGGUAUGGUAGAUCUAUACGUGUAAAUAUGAUGGCCUGGAAGCUGUUUGAUCCGACUGUAAAUCGAUUCGCCUCGGGAUAAACCUCGAUUUGUCCAUUGUCAGUGUAAGACCUAUUAAGAUCAAUAAAAGGAGGGUUUAUUAACUCCAAAAUACCCUAGCUAACACAUUGAAUCGUGUGAAGCUGCUGGUAACACUAUACGGUCAAAUCCCGCUUUACGGACACCUUUUUGAUUAGGACGCCUUAUUAUUGCGAAUAGUUUGCUUUGUCCCUGGCCUGGGGAAAUAGAGCCCUUACAUUUUCUCUAACUUCAACCCACUUUAUACGGACACCCCGUUAAUACGGACACUUUCUCGGUAUCCGUGUUAAUUGGGUUUGACUGUACACAGAAACAAAUAAAUCGUUAAGAUCUCCCACCAAGAAAGGGACCGGUAAACGAAAACAAACAAGCAAACAAAUCACUCCGUAUGUGGACCUAGCGCUUGCGUUUGGGGCGGGGCUUGAACUUGCAAAUCCAAUUCCAGGGCUCUAACCAGCCUCUUACUCAGACCAGUUCGCGCUAUCCGAGUUACCAGAGGAGGCUUGGAACCGAGCGCGAUAGUGGGAGGCGUCCUCGACGAAUUUUCCCGACAAGCUUGACAGGUAACGUCACACCCGAAAUCGCCGAGGACAACUGGGGGCGAGGCUGUGUUCUAACCUCUCUGCCACGGUUCCUCCAAAUGUAGGACUUACGUCCUUCUGCACUUAGAGUUUGGUUAAUUGAAAGCUUCUAUAACAAAAUAUUUUAAGUUUACUCAUAUUUUAGGUCCAAAGAAAAUUACGCAACUUGAUGUCCAAAACAAACCUAUCACUUUGGAAACAGCAAUGGUAGGUGCAAUCUUAUGGUCUUGAAAUUUGCAUGUAACUAGCGAAAACUUCCAGUGAUUCUUUCUGUAUGUUAUUGUAUUCUUUUUCGUCUUGUAUUAUGUUGAACGUUACAUCGCCUAUGCGUAAUGUUUUGUCCCUCCUAGAUUAGCUUAAUAGCUAUUUGCGGGGUAUACAACACUGUAAAACUUUAUCUUUUUUAAUAACUGAACUGUUGUCGUUUUAAUAUUGUUGUUGCUGUCCAUAAAAAGGCCGUUUCAUCCUUUUUGUAACAACAUUUUGAAGUCAAUCUUAUCAAGUCAAGGACUUUAUUAUAAUACGGCCACCUCAGCCUAUUACAGUCUACGCCCCUCUAGUCAUUAUCUUCGCAAGUGACUCCUAAAGAGAACGCCUUAUCACGCUGGCUCACUUGAUUUAGGCAAUACCCUGAGUAUCUAGUCGCCUAUUUACUGGUGCAUUUGUUGAUCACAUUAGGGCUUGAAGAAUCUUAUCUUUGGAAAUGCCAAGUCGAGCUUUACACCAGAAUGGAGAAAUCAAAGCUUUUCAUUCUGUGACUUAUAUGGACUGGAAUACGGAAUUGUACAACUAAAGUUAAGGUCAAAUUAA